GCUGACAAGAGGCAGCAGCUGGCCAGCAGCUGCAUACACAGAGUGCUUGGCCCUGCACUGCCGCUGUCCUCUUUGGUCCGGCUGGAGGGCAGAAGACAGGACAGGCUUUGGCUGGCGUCGCGUUCCCCGGACCCCCGGCGGAGAAUGCGGGCGUGGAGACCCCUGUCACUCCGCCCAGGCGUGGGGGAGGCCCUGGCCCCCAACUCGGCCCUGUGAGCCCACGCCGGGCACGGAGCUCCGCAAAUGAAAUAUUGCCACUAGAGAACAUAUUCCUGAAGAAAACUGAGUUCAUGUUUUCAGCACCGCAGAGGCACGUUUCCACACCAGGCUGUUGAAGGGCUGGGCGUCAGGAUGACUGAGCGAUUUGACUGCCACCAUUGCGAAGAAUCUCUCUUCGGCAAGAAGUAUAUCCUCAGGGAGGACAGCCCCUACUGCGUGGCGUGCUUUGAGGCCCUCUACGCCAGCACUUGCGAGGAGUGUGGGAAGCCCAUCGGCUGUGACUGCAAGGACUUGUCCUACAAGGACCGACACUGGCAUGAGGCCUGUUUCCAAUGCUUUCGGUGCAAGAGCUCACUGGUGGACAAGCCCUUUGCUGCCAAGGAGGACCAGCUGCUGUGCACGGACUGCUACUCCCACGAGUACUCCUCCAAGUGUCAGGAAUGCAAGAAGACCAUCAUGCCAGGUACCCGCAAGAUGGAGUACAAAGACAGCAGCUGGCAUGAGACCUGUUUCGUCUGCCGCCGCUGCCAGCAGCCCAUCGGCACCAAGAGCUUCAUACCAAAGGACAACCAGAACUUCUGCGUGCCGUGCUAUGAGAAACAGUACGCCUUGCAGUGCGUUCAGUGCCAAAAGCCCAUCACCACCGGGGGCGUCACAUACCGGGAGCAGCCGUGGCAUCGGGAGUGCUUCGUGUGCACCGCGUGCAAGAAGCCGCUGUCGGGCCAGCGCUUCACGUCCCGCGAGGAGUUCCCCUACUGCCUGAGCUGCUUCUGCGACCUGUACGCCAAGAAGUGUGCCGGCUGCACCCACCCCAUCAGCGGACUUGGUGGCACAAAGUACAUCUCCUUUGAGGAACGGCAGUGGCAUAACGACUGUUUUAACUGUAAGAAGUGCUCCCUCUCACUGGUGGGGCGAGGCUUCCUCACAGAAAGAGAUGACAUCCUGUGCCCUGACUGCGGGAAAGACAUCUGAAGCCCACACGGCUGCUUGUGACACGCACGGAUUUAGACAUUCUCAUUCUCCACCAGGCAGUGUUGUGUCUGGUCUCCACCGGCCAUGCUGAAACUUUCCUCUUGUGCUUCUCAGUGAUAUUCACGUUUGUUUAAACCCUUUAAUCCUUUGUACUAGCUCAGUCCCAGGGAAGGAGGAAAACCUUCUGUAAACCUGUGGUGGGAAGAUGAUGUUGAAUUUUCAUAAUCAAGCAGGGCAAUUCCAAGUGUAAAAAUCCUUUUGAAUGACAUCUUUAUACAUGUACCUUUCUUUCACUACAUAUUUAAUGUGUAAGUGCAAUUAACACAUCACGAACUUGAGUUUCCCGAACUACAUGAGAUAUUGAAGAGUGGGCAUUUACAAUGUGUAGCUUCCUGUCAUGUAAGACCUAGAGCAAGAUCGUAUAGCUUACAAUAAAGUUAAGAAAAAGUUAAUAAAGAACAAAAUCCUUGGCCACACACAGUGUGUGAAAUAAUGAUUAAACAUCGAAGUUCUGAACAUUGCGGUAUAAGGCACGUUAUCAUAUGUUCCACUGAUCACCGUAUGAAGUACAAGUUCAGACAGGCUGGGGCAGCAUUCACAGAGAUCCAUCACACCUUUCAUUUCAAAGAAAACCUUUAGUCAGCACCACAACCUCUUCCAGGCUCCCUUCUCUUUGCUCCUUUCUCCCAAACUCUGUAUUGCUCAGAAUUUAAUGUUCUGCAUUGGAUGCGGUAACAGAAACUCCAGAAUAUGAGCCAGCAGAAUAUGAGCUAAUGACAGUGAAGGCAGUUGGGGGGUCACUUUUCUUAAAAGGGCUCAGUGCUUUCCCAUUGCCAUGGGUCCCUAUCCUACCCCAACCUGCCUUUUCAUCCAUAAAGGGAAGGAUCACGAAAGGAUACAAGCACCUCGAGGUCAGAGAUGACCUCUUGCUCAUCUGUGUAUUACCACUACUCCAGCAAUUUAGGGCAUUGCUUUGGAAGCCUAUGUUGUUUCUGAAAGAAAAGAGAGAGAAAAAGAAAGAGAGAGAAAAAGAGAGAGACUCCCAGCUCUCAGAUCUUAAUGAUUUGAGCUCCUAGCUUGGCAUUCGUCUGUAAAACCAUCUGUGAAGGCAUGAUAUACAGUUGGAAAGCACUGAGCCAAUUUGUGAGCUAGAGCAUUGCCUGUGCUCCUUUCUAGAAUGCUAACAAUAGUGACUUUUGUCCUUAGUUUUCUAAGGUGAUGUAGUACCAUAAAACAACUUGAUUUCCACCAACGUCCCAGCCGUGCUGAGCAUGUGUGAAGUCAGUUUCUUAAUCUGAGUGCUGGACUACAUAAGAUGUGUAUCGUGAUGUCUGAGACAGGCCUUCUGAGAACUCUAUGGCUCAGUAGUUCUCUUGCCUUCUACGUCAUAUUAUAAAAGUAAAAGCAUUCUUGGAUUUGUGCUUUUUAAAGUGAAAAUAACAAAAUUCAAGACAAAAAGGUGAAAGCUUUGGAAAUGUCAUUGUGGAACACCUUACCUUUUCCUCAUAAGAACCACAGAUACACUGAACACACCUGACCUUAAAUUAAUGGAAGGGGGAGCUCCAUUUCUAGUAAGUAGCUCCUACUGGACUCCAGUAAUCUUCUGGACAAAAUAUUUUAAGACAUUUGAAAACACCAGAGCAUGAUCCAAGGCAGGAAUACUUGAGAGAGGAGUGGACACCUGAAGAAGGGAAAGGCAAUGGGUAGGUUUCCCAUUUUUAUGGCUUUUGGCCAAAGGCAGGCCCCAAAGGGGGAGCUAAAACUCUGUUAGAAAGUCUUCAGUCUUACUGGCUUGAAGAACCAGAGGCCAGAGCCUGGGACAAAUAACAUCUGGAAAGUUAAGGAGGGAAAUGGUAUGAAAAAGAAAACCAAGUUCUUUGUUUGAAAACCCUAUCCAUCUCUGGCUGACAAAUGAACCAUGCAUUAAGAGGCUAGACCCCAAGCAGCCCAGCCAAGGCUCAAAGAACAAAGUUGGGGUCUGCAAGAUGGUGGUGUGCAGAACUCAGUGACUGUCUUCCUAGUGUGACAACCAUUUAACUGGGAAAACUGUGUGUGUGUAGGGGGGGUGGGUAUAUACACAUACCAAAUAAAUAUGUUCAAAUCUUGGAAAAUCACCCUAAAGGACCAAAUGGAGAAACAUUUGGGAAAAUCUACAUGUUAAGAAGAGUGAGAGUCUAUGGCACUUGAGCCAAUGGACUGAUCCCAUUCCCCACCCCCCUCCCAGUUUCCUGAGACAGAAGAUCUACUCUGGGCAAGUGAAGCCAAGAAGGGAAGGGCUCCUCCUACUGGUCUAGGGCUGUGGCCCAAGCAUGACAGUCUGCAAACCCUGGGGCUCCAAUCACUCCUGUCGCACACUGCCUAUAGGGUGGGGGCUCCAAGUAAGAGGGGCUAUCUGAGAAGACCUGAGGCUACCAUUCUCCUAGGAGUAGGAUUGCGUGAAGACAUUUAUCAGGAUGAUGUUGGCACGUUCUGCUAAUACCAGUCUUCCCUAUCCAGGAUUUAACUCAUGGAGGACUGUUGCCCCAGGACAAGCAGGACACUGUCCAAGCUCAAGGUGUGGGUUGGAAGGGCAGCUCUGUGAACUAGUAGCUCGCAUCCCUGCAGGAAGGGACUGUUUGGUACCAAGAAUGGAAGAAUCUGUGCUAUGGGGAUUAUGAAAGACCAUGGGGAUUCUGGUGGCAAGCAGUAGAGAGGGGACUGCUAGCUAUGUGACAGGAGCAGUAAAAGGCAAAAUGGCAGACCAGACAGAAGUUUAAUUGAGAACCAGGGAAAGAGAGCUAGGAAGAGCUGUCCUGGGAUCCCAUUUAUCGCUGGGGAUCCAGGAGACUGUGGGCAUGGACUGGGUCACACCCACUCAGGAGCAAACAGAGUGGGACACAGAGCAGACCUGAAAGCACUCUCUAAGCCACACGCAGAUUGUCAGCAAAGAGCAGAAGUCUCAUUAGCUCAAAGAGCUUAGGCAGAACCUCUAACCAAUCUCCAGCACUGGCCAAACAUAUAAACAUGUUCAAAGAGUUAAAGGAACAUGUAUGACAGCAAUGCUCACCAGAGAACACCAAUAAAGGGAUAAAUGCUAUAAAAAGAGCAAAUGGAAAUUCUGGAGUUGAAAAGUACAAUCACCAAACAGAAAUUCAAUAGAGGGGAUCAUACAUUUGAGUUGAGGGAAGAAAAAAGAAAAAAACAGUAAACUUGAAUAAAGACCAACUGCGAUUAUAAUUUGAAAAACGGGGAAAAUGAAAAAUUAACCUCAAAGCAAUGUGAGAUACCCUUACGUGAACUAACAUAUGUAUAAUGAAUGGAAACAUCAGGAGAAGAGAGAAAAUGGACAGAAAAAAAAAAUUUUAAGAAUGGCUGAAAACAUCCCCAAAUUUGAUGAAAAAAUUUUAAUCUAAAAACAUCCAAGAGGGACCUGGGUGGCUCAGUCUGUUAAGCAUCUGCCUUCUGCUCAGGUCAUGAUCCCAGAGUCCUGGGAUAGAGCCCUGCUCAAUGGGGAACCUGCUUCUUCUUCUCCCUUUGCCCAGUCCCCGCUCAUGCCUGCUCAAACUCUCUCUCUAAUAAGUAAAAUCUUAAAACAUGCACAUAUGCAUGCACACACACACAGAUUCAAGAACCUGGACAGAUCUGGAGGAGAGAGUUUGAAGUUUGAGUCCAUCCACACACAAAAUCUGAGUCUGUCUCCAGCCCGACCCUACUCACUUAGCCCUCUAUCAGUUGGAAAUCAUGACACUGCAUGGUUAUUUCUGAGUGGCUCUAUAAUAAUCCUUUUUAUUAAGCAAAACUUUUUAUUAAAUUGUUAAAUAAAAUGUACAUAGAGGUGCAUCACACAGGUGUUAACAGGUAAAACCAAACUACAGAGAUAGAAGUCAGAAUAGUGGUUACCUUUCUGACUGGAAAGGGACAUGAAAGAAGCUUCUGGAAUGCUGGAAAUGUUCUGUAUUAUGGUUGGCAAACUAUGGUCCAGCUAAAUCCUGCCCACUUCCUGUUUUCCUAAACAGUAUUUUAUUGGGACUCAGCCAUGUCUAUUCACUUAGACAUCAUGUGGCCCAUAAGACAUUCUUCCUAUCUGGCCCUUUACAGAAAGUUUGCCAACCCUUGCUCUAUACCUUGAUUUGGACAGUGGUUACAUAGGUAUAAGUUCGCUCUGUUUAAAACUUUACAGUAUUUUAUGAUACCCUCAAUAAAAAAUGUAUGUUCUAUAGUUUGCUGUACUGGACAGAUAUUUUAAAGUUUACCUUUUUCUUGAAACAAAGCAAACUUGCUUGAUCUUUACUUGGUUAUUCCAAUAGAUGAAAGCUCUGGGAGUCAGUCUAUACCACCUGAGGUUUCUACUGACUGUCAUGCUUGGGACUGUGUUUCCUUGUAUGCUUGCAUAAUUUUGACUAGUGCUAGUCACUAAUUAAAAAAAAAAAAAAUUACCUGUGGGCAUGUCCUGGGGGUCAGGAUGAGCCUGUCUUCCUGCAGAGAUGACUUCUACUGCCUCUGCCACUCGCCUGAAGCCCCGCCAAACUGGGAUGACUUCCGAGUCACUUGUGGUGUUUCCUUGGCCAUCCUGGGGUGUCAGGUGUGGCUAGGAUUAUGAGAGAGCCGGCUUGUGUGUUUCUAGCUUCCACAGCAAUUCUUCCUUCCUAUCUUCCUGUUCUUUCUUGUCCUUCCCUCUUGUUUUCCCUCCCUCCCUCAGCAGGGCAGGCUUACUUCUCUUUAUCUUUAGCGUACGGGAUUGCUCUUUGGGGUCGUGCCUAUUAGGUUUCCUAUCUCUGGGGGCAUGGGGCUUUGACUUCUCUGUACUUUACAUCAUGGUCACCAAAACCCUGGCUUGCUUUCACCAGGGCAUGAAAGUGGCUUACGUCUCUGGAUUCCUGGGUUCUCUUAGAUUCUUGACUGUUGGUUCUUCAGUGCUUUUUUCCCCCUUAUUUUCUCCCAGCAGAAUUGUCCCUUAACAUUUUAAAAAGAGAGCUUUUUUUCCUCUACUGUUUGGCAUAAGAAAACCUAACUAUAAAUGUUAAUUCUUCUCUUUGUGACACAGUCUACAAAAUUGAGACUUACACGAUUUUACCUCUUAUUUUAGUAUCUUGGAGCUUUGAUUUAAUGCAUAACUACCUUGUAGAACAAAUUAUGUAUUUAUUAGAAUUAUAUACCUAAACUUCGCAGUAAUUUAAGAUCUUUGUUUUGUUAUGUGAUCGGCAUGUAUGCGAUUUGGUGGUUGUUCUUGUUGUUUUUAAUUGUGUUAUGUGAGUCACCAUAAAAUACAUCAUUAGUUUUUGA